AUGGCUCAGCCUCUCGAAGAUGUGUACUGCACACUUCUUAUGAGCGAUUCCUACCUACCAGGUGCCGCUGUUCUCUCUCAUUCCCUGCGCGAUGCCGGCACUACGAAGAAGCUUGCCGUGCUCGUCACUAUGGAAACUCUGUCUGCCGACACCAUCACUCGGCUGAGAGCUCUCUACGACUACGUGAUACCUGUCGAGCGCCUGCGGAGCCCCAACCUCGCCAAUCUCUAUCUUAUGGGACGCCCUGACUUGUCCUAUGCAUUCACCAAGAUCGCUCUAUGGCGACAGACUAGGUUCCGUAAGAUCGUUUAUCUCGAUGCUGAUGUGGUGGCGCUUCGAGCCUUGGACGAGCUGUUUGACAUCGAGGCACCUUUCGCUGCCGCGCCAGACAUUGGCUGGCCCGAUGCUUUCAACAGCGGUGUCAUGGUGUUGACGCCGGAUAUGUCCCAGUACUGGGCACUGCACACCCUCGCAUCUUCCGGAGAGAGCUUCGAUGGUGCGGACCAGGGCUUGUUGAACCAGUACUACGAGAACCGACCUUGGCAGCGUCUCAAGUUCACCUACAACACCACACCAAACGCCGAGUAUCAGUGGGAGCCGGCAUAUCAACACUACAAGAAGGACAUCAAUGCCGUCCAUUUCAUCGGCAAGGACAAGCCAUGGACAGGCCAUCGCUCAGGCAGAUCUAGCGCGUCCAACGUCUACAACGAGCUUCUAGGUCACUGGUGGUCGGUGCAUGACAAGCAUGCUCAGGACGAGGUUAAAGACGCCAACCACCCCGAUCUUUCUGCCGAGCCGCACCUGAACGACUCUGAGCUUGCCUCUGACAACCCGUGGGAUGCAACUAGGUCCGGACCGCCAGUACAGUCGAAACCUGAAGCUGCCAACUUCCCGACUCAGACGUACAACUUCAGUGAUAGUCGCGAUUUAUUCAAGGCGCCGGGAACAUACCCACAUCCUCCGACAGACAUGUGGUAUCAAGUGCCUAAUGCCAAACCUGCAGAGACACUGAACCCUAUCUUUCCGUGGGAGCGACAACCUGAUAGGGCCAGGGCUACGCGUGUUUUCGCCGAGGACCUUCCAUCUGAGCCGACACCAGCUCCUGCAACUUCACCGCCAACGCAUGCGUUCUCUACUGUCCACUUCCCGGACGACAAGGGUACAGCCGCAAGCUCUGGUCACUCUUCCCCGCCGAAAGCAGUUGACGAGUCAUGGCAAUCCUUCCAGCACAACAACGGUAAUGCAUGGGACAACGUUCCAGGAAUCGACAACUACGUACGCUCCAUCAUGGACUCCCAAGUCAAGCGGGGUAGUCCUCAAGUUCUUCAGAACAUGACAGGCACGCAAGACAUCAGCUCGCCCAUACCAGAGCGCCGAAGCCGUCGUGAGAGUCUCAUUCUGACCGAUUUCCCGUCAGCUGUUGAGCGACCCAGUCUUCCUGUGACGCCUGCGCCACAGAAACGACCAACAUUCUGGGGAGGAGAGAGAGAUGGUACAGGAGAGCUGCCAGCUGCUACUGGAGUGCCGGACCAAACUGAAUGGGUAGGUUCGGAAUCUGAUCUUUCCUCUGUCGACGCGAAACUCUUGCGUCUGCCACUGCGGGCGUAG